UAGAGAGAUCUCCCUGCUCCGUCACCUAGGAAAGUACAAUCACCCAAACAUUGUUCGAUUGAUUGAUAUCUGCCAUGGUCCACGAUAUGACAGGGAGAUGGUCCUGUAUCUUGUGUUCGAGCACGUGGACCAGGACCUGAACAACUAUCUGGAGAAGUGUCCCGCCCCAGGACUCAGUCCGGAGAAGAUUAAGGAUCUCAUGUGGCAAAUACUGUGUGGUGUGGACUUUCUCCACAGUCACAGGAUCGUUCACCGUGAUAUGAAACCACAAAAUAUCCUGGUGGCGAAUAAUGGAACUUUAAAACUCGCGGAUUUUGGACUCGCGAGGAUUUAUGAUUUCAACGCACUGCUCACAUCAACGGU